UCCACAACUUCCGAGGUGACAAACGCAUAGCAGGCCACUAAAUUAGUUGGCCUCCAACACCGCAUUCUAUAUAGGCCCAAGGCUCAAAUCUGAAAAUUAUGAAGUCUGGACCUCACAUGUUUCUGUCAAGGCCCAUUUUCAGGCCCGCCGGAGCCGGCAAUUUUCCCUUUCCCCAUGUGCUGCUUGCUUCUCCACCAUUAUCGAGCACCUCGAAAAGUCCCGGGGAAAACUAAACGGGAAACAGAGACAGAAACUCCAGAAUCCGAAAACCACUGGCGGCAGCCAAUACUUUUUCGGAAACCGUCAAAUUCCUGAACUUUUAUUCUUUUGUUACUUCCGCCAUUCCCCGACAAUGCACCGCCAUUGCUAAGCGCUCUCUCUCUCUCUCUUUACUUCUUUCCUCCUAUAUCAACUUCAGAAAGCAAUAACAAAAAUGGAUUCUUUCUUCACGACAACGGACGUUAUUCUUCCCUCCGGUUUGCAUAACUACGAAUGGCAGCGCGAUUCGGUGGGCACACUCACCGCCACCACAACCACGGCCACGGCGUAUCUACAACUAAGCUCGUCUUUCUUUUGAUGUUCGUUUGCCUUUUACUUACUGCUCUGGUAGCCGAUGCCUUCUGGGCAUCUUCUUCUUCGGUCUCUUCAGCUUAUCGAUCAGUUGCUUCCAUUUGGGCUCUUGAGAAACCUAAUAGCAACAAGUAUGUGGUACCUGCUCCCUUUGAUCACAACAGUUCCAAGGAAGGAGAGCAUGGGAGGGUUUUAUCAGCGACAUUUGCUGAUCUAUCGGCGCCUGAGUUGGAUUGGGAACAAAUGGAUUCAGCUCCUGUGCCUCGACUGGAUGGGUACUCGGUUCAAAUCAAUGAUCUUCUCUAUGUUUUUGUUGGGUAUCGCAAUCUUGACAAUGUGCAUUCCCAUAUAGAUGUGUUCAAUUUGAGUGAGAACAAAUGGUCAGACUGGUUCGAUACGCCUAGAGAGAUGGCGAAUUCCCACUUGGGAGUGGCGACUGAUGGGCGAUUCGUGUACAUUGUCUCGGGCCAGAAAGGUCCUCAAUGCAGAACAGCCAUAACUCUUAGUUACUCUCUGGACACUAAAACAAAGCAAUGGAGCAGCUUGCCUCGGUUACCAGCUCCCAGGUAUGCUCCAGCCACACAGUUGUGGAGAGGGAGGCUCCAUGUGAUGGGUGGAAGCAAGGAGAAUCGCCAUACUCCUGGAGUUGAGCACUGGAGCAUUGCUGUGAAGGAUGGCAGAGCUUUGGAGAAGGAAUGGCGGAGCGAGGUGCCUAUCCCUCGUGGUGGACCACACAGGGGUUGUGUUGUAGUAAAUGAUAAGCUCUUCGUAAUUGGUGGCCAGGAGGGUGAUUUCAUGCCCAAACCCAACUCACCCAUCUUCAAAUGCUCUCGAAGGAAAGAGGUGGUUUAUGGCGAUGUUUACAUGCUAGACGGUUCCAUGAAGUGGCAAACUCUGCCACUAAUGCCGAAACCAAACUCUCAUAUCGAGUGCUCGUGGGCAGUGGUGAACAAUUCAAUAAUCAUUGCUGGCGGCACAACAGAGAAGCACCCUCAAACCAAGAGGAUGAUGUUGGUUGGGGAAGUCUUUCAGUUUCAUCUCGACUCACUGAGCUGGUCAGUGAUCGGAAAGCUUCCUUACCGGGUAAAGACGACCCUUGUUGGGUACUGGGAUGGAUGGCUGUACUUUACAUCAGGGCAGAGGGACAGAGGACCUGAUAAUCCUCAACCCCAGAAGGUCAUUGGAGAAACGUGGAGAACCAAACUACAUUUGUCUUGAAGGUUGGUAUAUACCAAGGCAGAAACUAGUGUGAGUUUAUAGCUUUUGUGGCAUGUUUAGUCAAUUGGAAUUACCUCAUAUUGCACGUAAUGAAUGAUCUUAGAACUAGUUGGUUUUAUAGUAAUUCGAUUUGUUUGAAGAGGUUCAAGAAUAGGCUGACCAGUCCCUUUAACAACAAUCUUUGAGCUUCGAGUUAAUAAAUCAGAUGUAGAUAUUUGAGUUAUCAAGAUUCAAAUCUCUAGCAUUGUCAAAAACUCUAAUACAAUGUUAAGAAUAAUUUCCUUUCAAAAACUUCAAACAUGCUCAAAGUCCAAAAAAUAUAAUUUAUGCCAUUCCAUUUCACAGUGUGCAAACGGAAGCCAACUCAUGAGGAUCUAGCGAGUAGCUACCAACUAUCGAGCAAUCAUCAUGGUUAUGGUGACUUCAUUGAUCGUACAAAAUUUCGAGCCACUGAUGCUUGAGCUUCCCUCAUUUUUUCUAGGUCUAGUCAUUGUAAAGCCUGGUUGUUCUGGUAUGGGUAAUUGCGUAAUGUUACUAGUUAACAUUGAUAUUACUCUUGACAUUUUCGGCCUAUCAUAUGCCUCGUAUUCUAUACAAUGCAGUGCUACAUUGAUGCAUCGAAGAGUAAGGAAUUGGGUGGUGGUCUGCUGUGUUUGUGGGCCGCAGCCAUUGAUGAGAUCAGGAACUUCGAAUUCUUGAUUUUGCAGACUAAAGUUGAUGACUGACGAGAGAUUAAGGAGGUGAAGGUUAAAACGGUCAACCAAUUACGACAAGACCAUGUCCAUGUGUCUCUCUACAAAGAAAUGUAUUAUUGUUGU